AAUGGUAUCGAACGGUAGUUGCACUUGGCUGCAGCGUACGCUUACUUUGGAUGAUAUGAUGUGAAGGAUGAUGUCCUAAAGAACCCGGUCAGCAACAAUCAAUUUUCCUCGAAAGUAUCUUCGCAAAUAAUCAGAACACAUUCUCAAUUUCCGAAACAAAUUUAUUCCGGAGACAGAUUCAUACCAAAUCGAUAUAAUCACGACAAAGAAAUGGCUCAUUACAUACUCACGAAGAAAGAUACAAAAUCUUCAAAGGAGCAUCAGCUGAACGUGCUCGAGCAGGUAAGCUCUCUGUCGACUACAUGGCGGAAGAAAUUUAUGCACCAGUUAAUGGUGGAAGAAAACGUUAUACCAGGAUUGAGACAGAAACAAGUGCUGCGCGGUAGCCACUUAUCCUCGGAAAACAAGUCACCUGGAAACUUUGCAGAGCAGUCUAAAGACCUGUGGGACGAGAAAUGCGUCGAAGAUGGAAUGUGGAAAUCGAAGCCACGAAAGAGGCCUUUAAUAGGCACUAUGGAGUCCAUAUUGGAUAUGACUGGAUUCCAGACGUUGCCAC